AUGGCUCCCGACCAAUGGGAGGGCGAGCGUGCGAGGCCAGCCAAUGAGCGUAGAGGGAGCGGGAAGCCCGGGAGCCAAUCAGACGUUGCCAGCCGGGGCCCCCAAGAGGGCUCGAGUGGCUCCAGAUGGCCUCCAGGCCCCUUGAAGAUAACCAGCUAUCCACCGAAGCAGCCAGCCUCCAACAUCCAUUCUGGCGAGGUCACUCGGGUUAGUAACGUCCAGACACAAGCCUUGCCGGUUAGUAACGUCCAGACACAAGCCUUCUCGGUUAGUAACGUCCAGACACAAGCCUUGCCGGUUAGUAACGUCCAGACACAAGCCUUGCCGGUUAGUAACGUCCAGACACAAGCCUUGCCGGUUAGUAACGUCCAGACACAAGCCUUCUCGGUUAGUAACGUCCAGACACAAGCCUUGCCGGUUAGUAACGUCCAGACACAAGCCUUGCCGGUUAGUAACGUCCAGACACAAGCCUUGCCGGUUAGUAACGUCCAGACACAAGCCUUCUCGGUUAGUAACGUCCAGACACAAGCCUUGCCGGUUAGUAACGUCCAGACACAAGCCUUGCCGGUUAGUAACGUCCAGACACAAGCCUUCUCGGUUAGUAACGUCCAGACACAAGCCUUGCCGGUUAGUAACGUCCAGACACAAGCCUUCUCGGUUAGUAACGUCCAGACACAAGCCUUGCCGGUUAGUAACGUCCAGACACAAGCCUUGCCGGUUAGUAACGUCCAGGCACAAGCCUUGCCGGUUAGUAACGUCCAGACGCAAGCCUUGCCGGUUAGUAACGUCCAGACACAAGCCUUCUCGGUUAGUAACGUCCAGACGCAAGCCUUGCCGGUUAGUAACGUCCAGACGCAAGCCUUGCCGGUUAGUAACGUCCAGGCACAAACCUUGCCGGUUAGUAACGUCCAGACACAAGCCUUGCCGGUUAGUAACGUCCAGACACAAGCCUUGCCGGUUAGUAACGUCCAGACACAAACCUUGCCGGUUAGUAACGUCCAGGCACAAGCCUUGCCGGUUAGUAACGUCCAGACACAAGCCUUGCCGGUUAGUAACGUCCAGACACAAACCUUGCCGGUUAGUAACGUCCAGACACAAACCUUGCCGGUUAGUAACGUCCAGACACAAGCCUUGCCGGUUAGUAACGUCCAGACACAAACCUUGCCGGUUAGUAACGUCCAGGCACAAGCCUUGCCGGUUAGUAACGUCCAGACACAAGCCUUGCCGGUUAGUAACGUCCAGACACAAACCUUGCCGGUUAGUAACGUCCAGGCACAAGCCUUGCCGGUUAGUAACGUCCAGACACAAGCCUUGCCGGUUAGUAACGUCCAGACACAAGCCUUGCCGGUUAGUAACGUCCAGACACAAGCCUUGCCGGUUAGUAACGUCCAGGCACAAGCCUUGCCGGUUAGUAACGUCCAGACACAAGCCUUGCCGGUUAGUAACGUCCAGACACAAGCCUUGCCGGUUAGUAACGUCCAGACGCAAGCCUUGCAGAAACCUUUAAGAGCAUAUGGGCCCUUUCUUAAAAAGUUCGUUGAAUCCGGUGUGCCGUACGUCGUCUUUCCAAAGUUUGUUGAAUCCGGUGUGCCGUACGUCGUCUUUCCAAAGUUCGUUGAAUCUGGUGUGCCGUACGUCGUCUUUCCAAAGUUUGUUGAAUCCGGUGUGCCGUACGUCGUCUUUCCAAAGUUCGUUGAAUCCGGUGUGCCGUACGUCGUCUUUCCAAAGUUCGUUGAAUCCGGUGUGCCGUACGUCGUCUUUCCAAAGUUCGUUGAAUCCGGUGUGCCGUACGUCGUCUUUCCAAAGUUCGUUGAAUCCGGUGUGCCGUACGUCGUCUUUCCAAAGUUCGUUGAAUCCGGUGUGCCGUACGUCGUCUUUCCAAAGUUCGUUGAAUCCGGUGUGCCGUACGUCGUCUUUCUAAAGUUCGUUGAAUCCGGUGUGCCGUACGUCGUCUUUCCAAAGUUCGUUGAAUCCGGUGUGCCGUACGUCGUCUUUCCAAAGUUCGUUGAAUCCGGUGUGCCGUACGUCGUCUUUCCAAAGUUCGUUGAAUCCGGUGUGCCGUACGUCGUCUUUCCAAAGUUCGUUGAAUCCGGUGUGACUCAGCGUCCUCUUUUGCCCAAAAUCCAAUGA